AUGGACAGCAGAGAGAAUUUAGCAACUCUUAUGGCGCUUCCACCGCCAUCGAUAACCAGCUUGCAGGGUCAAGCUUUUCUUUCCGCCAUCUCCACCUGUUUAGCUAAUUAUCCUCCGAUCGAGAUGACAGGUAUCCCACCUGGAAAAGGAGGAGGGACAGGAUCAAAAGGAGCAAGACAGUGUGACAAUGCAACCACAUCCUGGACCCGUCGCCAGGCGUCUCCAACUUGCUCGACAAGUCACGACAGAGGUGAUUGGAAAAUACUACCUGUGGUGGUUGUUAACCCCCACUUGGGCCCCCCAGUCUUGAGCAUAAACGGCGAGGAACAAGAGGGAGCUAGGCGCAGAAAGGUCAAGCAGGUCGAUCUGCCUGUCGGCAUUUGGCCGCUACCAGCGGCGCGCCAUGCUGCCAGAUUGCCUCCCAUGUCACAGCCGGUGCACUCCCUCCCAGUGGACUGCUGA